AAAAGUAACAACAGUAUCGAGAAUCUCAUCUUGCCUACCGUUCGUCAGUCUCGCUCAGUUUUUGAAUCUCAAUGCAUUAUCUUUAUGGAAAUGAAUAAUUCAGUGCGAUUUUAUUGUUUUUCGUGUGUUUUCGUGUGAAAAUACUCAUCUGUGUCGAGUCAUAGUCUGUGUCCCAUUUUUAUUUUGUCGCGUGAUAAUGGGAUUGAAUCCUAAUCUAACCCCCCCUAGACGAGCUGUUUACUUUCUCGGCUAUCAACCGAAAAUUCAAAUUCUAGUCAAUUUAUCAACCGAUUCUCGUUUUCUUCAGUAAUCGGUUCACAGAACUCUUUCAUUACUGCAGUUUUUCACUAAUGAUGAUCUCAUAUCGCGCAUUCGUCGGUGUUUUGUGUUCUCUGACCGUGUCAAAUUUGUUGGAUAAAUGGUGUCUGUGUCUGUUCUCCCCACGUCUUCCCACUAUAGUCUCGGUGAUAUAAUUUCUUCCUAGGGAUUUAAGAACAUCUGUGAUAAUGUUUCAAUGCAUAAUCCAGCAACGAAACGGUUGGAUUAAAAACAGCCCGGAACUGAAGGAUGUUUUUCCAGAUAUCCGAUUGCAACUCCAGGAGCAACUACGAUGUUUGGAAACACGAAUGGACACACAAGUUUCGCUUGUGCUGGAGUUACAAGACUUUUUUCGGCGGCGAGCAGAGGUUGAACUGGACUACAGUAAAAAUUUAGAUAAGCUAUUAAAAAACAUUCAACUCAGGCAUACAGAACAAAAACAGAAGCGAGAACAAUGGUCCAUGUUUUCGAGCUACUCCUGCUGGCAGCAGCUGGUGACACAGACAAAAAAUCUAAGUCACGAUCAUGCGGCUUUAAGCAAAGUUUACUCAACUCAUCUUACCAGUAGGCUUUCACAAGUUAUUGAAGACUUGCAACGAAUAUAUAGACGGUGUCGAGAAAUAGGAUUAGAAAUACAUGAAGAAAUUCUAAGGGUGCUCCACGAGUUGUACACUACAAUGAAAACAUAUCAAGCCUACCAAACUGAAUGCAAGCAGGCAGAAACAAAAUUAAAAUUAGCGGAAACUCAGCGACAUAAAAUCGAACAAAGUAUACCCAAGGAUAAGCUAGAGAAGUCUAAAAAAUUUAGGAUUAUCGAAAAAGAAGUUCAAAAGCGUAAGAACAAAUAUUUCGAUGCGAAGCUAAAAGCAUUGAAAGCACGCAACGAAUAUAUCUUAAAUCUAGAAGCUUCCAAUACGACAAUCCACAAGUAUUUUGUGGAUGAUCUGUCUGACUUAAUAGAUUGCAUGGAUUUUGGAUUCCACCAUUGCAUUUCAAGAGCACUUUGUAUGCAUGUGUCAUCUGAAGAAGGGCGAAUCCGAUCAAUUCAACAGGGUGUUGAUGCAAUGAACUCUUGCAUCUUGGGCAUGGACUCAAGAUUAGACAAACAAAAGUUCCUUGAAUUCAACCACGCUGCUUUCAUGAUUCCUAAGAAAUUCGAGUUUCAAGGCCAGAAAGAUGAGUUAGCAGAACCAGAACUGCAACGAUUGCUCUGUGCGGAUAUGGAGCAUAGGUUGAUUCAAUUGAAACAGCGGCUGACGUCUCUUCGGACAGAAUCAGACGAGGUUUGGAAAACAUUAGAAACAGCUGAAAGUACUCUUUUAGAUAUGCUGACAGCAAAAGAUUACAAUUGUAGUGGUUACUUUGGAGAAAAUGCUGUUCCUGCUAGCAAACCACCUGAAACUUUUUCCAUCAAAUUGCGAGCGGAUAGGCAUGAAACCGAGGAAUUUUACCUAACUAAAUUACAAGAAUACAUCCUAGGAUCCAGUAGAAUAGCUCGACUCAAUGCCAAGCACGAAUACCUGCGGCAGACAUUGAUAGAAAACUCAUCCAUUGGUGCUAAUAGUUCUCCGUCUUUGAAUCAUUCCAUAAACAAUGUAGAUCUGUGUAAAUCAGGAACAACCAUGAUUCCGCUUCUGCCACCAUCGGUGAAACCUCAGAGGCGCAAGCGUAUCGGCAGGUUCCAGAUGAAUGGUCAGCCAAAACUUUUCGGAGGUAGCCUUGAAGAAUACGUGGAGUCCACCAAUCAGGAAGUACCUCUCAUCGUCAAGAGUUGUAUACGAGUCAUUAAUCUUUUUGGUCUACAUCAUCAAGGAAUUUUCAGGGUUUCCGGUUCUCAGGUAGAAAUUAACAAUUUCAAAGAUGCAUUUGAGCGAGGCGAGGAUCCUCUUGCUGACAUGACAGACGCAUCAGAUAUUAACUCUGUCGCUGGUGUGCUUAAAUUGUACCUGCGGGAACUGAGAGAGCCCUUGUUUCCAAUCAUUUACUUUGAACAGUUCAUGGAACUUGCUCAACUGGAAUCGAAGCAUGAAUUUAUUCUUAAAAUGAAAGAUCUCAUCGCAAGCUUGCCCCGGUCUGUUGUAAUUGUCAUGCGCUAUAUAUUCGCCUUUCUAAACCAUUUAUCGGAAUAUUCUGAUGAGAACAUGAUGGAUCCGUACAACUUAGCUAUUUGUUUUGGCCCAACGCUCGUUCCUGUUCCGGAAGACAAAGACCAAGUCCAGUACCAAAACCAAGUCAACGAACUCAUCAAAAACAUCAUCCUAUUCCAUGAAGAUAUCUUCCCUGGCAAAGAAUUUAAUGGACUUAUGUAUGAAAAAUAUAUCUCUCGUGAACCUGAUGAUACAGAUGUUGGAGACUCUCCAUCUGAACACAUGGCUGAAGAUAUGGAUUCAGAAAUUUAUCCGUCAGAAGAUGAAACAGAAUCUCUUGAGGCCACAGCUCAGUUUGACUUUUGCGCAAGAUCAGACAGGGAACUCAGCCUACGCAAAGGAGACUGUGUAACGCUUUUCACGCAAGUUUCAAAUGAUUGGUGGAAAGGCUCCGUCAAUGGUCAACAGGGUCUCAUACCGGACAAAUACAUAUCCUUAAAAAUGAAAGAUGAGGACAAAGAGAAAUUCGAGCUUCUGAAAUCGAGUUCCUCAGACGAAUCAGUGCGGCGGAGAGCGUCCAGUUCCAAUGACUCAGUGCUGUCAGCAACAUCUGCAUCUGGGUCGCAUUCACCUUCGAUCGAAUCGCAUUCGAGCAAAUCUCAAGUCGUGAUCAUGAUGGAGGCAUCUCAGGAGGAUUCAAACGCAGAAGUUCCAAUUGUAUCUCUGGAGGAGACAGAUGUUCCCGAAACAGUCGACAUCGCUCAAUCUGAAGUUGCUGAAAGUGGGAUGAUCAAGCCUGCCGUUGCACUGUCUACAGAAUCACCAGCCGGAGACAUCGACAAAUCGGAUCCUAGCGCGCACCCAGAAACCGAGUCUCCUUCUCUAGGAGACCAUUCAUCUGAUGAGCAAAUGAAAGAAAUCUGUGAUAUUCGGCAGAAGCACACACCUGAUUUGGUGAUGGAUUUGCCGUUCGUAAGUGUAACUAGCAGCAGUCCGAAAUAUGAAUCAAGUCCUGUGGGCGGACCCGAGAGUCCGGAUAUGUCGACUGUCGCAGACCGCUUUGCAAAGCAAAAUCAGUGUACAUUGAAAAAGAACACGAAAGCGCACAGCUCCAAUUCCGAAUCAAUCAAUGUAGAUCCCGGUGCUGAACUGUGCACAGAGGGCUCAGAAACCAAGGAAAGCAUACGACCUGAACCUAUGAAGAAACCUAUGGUGGGGAACAAACCGAAAAUAAUGGCUAAGCCUCAAAUCUUGAAGAAGCCUUUCUCCUCGUCUCUAGGAAUUAAGAAAGACUGCUGAAUUAAAAUUUCAGUCAACAUGGACCGUAAAAAUGUUUUCAAUCUCUAUAAACAGGUGAGCGUUGAGAACAGACAAAGGAAGUUUUUUUUCUUUUGUAUCAAGCAAAUCAGUGUUCUAUUUUGCAUGUGGAACUGUUUUUGAUCAAAAGUUUUCUCCCACUCGAGAUGCUUUAAAAGCCAAAGAAUAUUACGCAUGUGUUCAGUUUUUAUUUAAAAUUCAAUUCAACCUCACCGCUCCAAAUUACGAGCACACAUUGUAAGUAACUAAUUUUGUAGUUAUAUUUUCUAUUAGAUUUUUUAAUUAUUACCCCUCUCAAAUUCAGAACAAUUUUUUUGAUUAGUUUAUUUUUACAUUUUAAACUGGUGAAACAAACUUCACACAAGAAAUUAUUUUCCUACCUUUGAUGUGAGAAUAUCAUAUUUUUUAUGCAAUAAUUUAGUCCCUUCGGUCUACUUACUAUCUUUUUUGUCAUUUUUUAGUUACUCAACACCCAAUUUUAAGUUCUCCUCAAGUUCUUGAGGAAAUUUGUGAUAUUCGAAUAUAAAAUUCUUAUCAGAGGUGAUUCUGAUUAAAAAACAAAAGUAUACAGAUUGUGAAACCUGGCUGAAAACCAUGAGUGCAAAAUAAUACCAACAGGUUUCUUAGGGUAGGCACUUACAAUCAAACCCUGCUUAUCUGAUUAUUUGCGGAUAGGACCGUAUUGGAUUUCUAUGAAGUCAAAUCAGUGAAACCACCAAAGAUAAGACAAAAAAUAAUGUCACUUCAGGCUCUGUUUGUAUGCAAAAAGCACUAACUCAGCCAAUCGUAUUUGUAAUACAUAUAGUCAUCUAAUUGGAACUGAGUACACAUACUUUCUUUUUCAGUUCUUGCCAAAGAAACCAGUUUUCUUCGUGUCAACUAACUUGUUUUUAAUUGGAGGCUUAAUUUUGACUACUCCAGAUAACUGAAGUGUCGGAUAAUUUUUUACAAUAAGGAUCCACUAUCUCUGGCUCUUCUAUAAAAGCACAUAUCUGCAUAGAGAAAUCAAUGGCAUGUAUGUUGUUUCUAAAAUGGGCCAGAAAUAGUGGUUCCUUAUUGCAAAAUGUAAUCAAAUUGAUAGUUAGAUUAUUGGGGUAUUGCUGUAUUUUCUUACUCUGACAUGAGGCUGAUCCAUUCUUUUUUGACUCUCCAUUUAUCGAUUGUAACCUACACAGUAGAAAAUACUGGCGAAUCAGUAGCCUGACCAAACUCUCUACCAUUCACACAAAUGUGAGACUUGGACUUUCGCUCGUUUGAAUGAAAAUGUUUAAAGACAGUGAACAGUAUUUUCCAGAUUGAUUAAUUUUCCUUAUUUGAAAUGUUGCUAAUAAAUAUGGAAGCAAAAAAAAAAAUGAGAUUCAUUUUUAAUUAGAUAUCUACCAGUUUAAAUUUAAUCGAUUUGCGAUAAAAAAAUGGAUUUAAAUACAUCACAUGUUGAUAAAUGCUAAGUUUUGAAAGUCACUGAUGUCAUAAUACACAAAUUGAUGUACAUUUAACUGCUAGCCACAGCACUCAGCACUGUAUAGAGUGUGUGUGCAUGCAUAUAGAAAAGAACUCUUCCUACAUCGAGGAAUCGUCCAAUUUUUUGGCUUUGCGUCAAUGAUGAACUUUAUGCCUCUUAAAGUUUCAUCAAAAUUUACUAAGAGCCACUGAGCCCCCAAAAGUGUGUAGGGUUCUUUAAUAUUUUGUUCAGGAAAUCCAUUUUUAAUGUCGAGCAAUGUCUCUGUAUUCUUUUAUUUACAAGCAUGCAUCAAGGUGAAGAAGUGUUUAAUUUAAAGCAAGCAAUACCUAAUUUACUUUUUUGACCUACUUGGAUCGAAUAUAUUUUAUUCCUUUAUGAAUGGAUGUAGAAGCAUUCACGCUCAACAAUGUUUGAAACAGUGUAACAGUGAUGUAUGCGUUAAAUCAGAAAAAUUAUCUGCCUUCGGAGAAACAUUGUUGUUAAAUCCACGAAUGUCCUAGUAUGUGCAUCUGAGCUAUGCUAACUCAUUCUGCAAAAUUUCUUAACCUAAAAAUUCAACACUGAAAAAAAAAGUGAGGUUGAUUUAACAUUCUGGAUACAUACAAAGUGUGCGAGAAGUUAUCAAACGCUGAAUUACAUCAGUUACAACAUUACAUCAGUUACUUUAGCAAUGCCAAGAUGUAAAACUAACUGCUAUGGCGAGUAACUCAGCAUUUUACAAGUUCUCGCAUACUUCCUUUACAUCAAGAAUGUUAAAUCAACUUCAUUUUUGUUUCGGUGAAUGUCUUACAGUUUUUCUAAUAAUGUGACAUUCAAAGGCCAGUGCAUCUUUCCUGCGAUGAUGUGGUCCCAGAUCAAUCAGAUGUCUUGCAAAGAUCCCCAGUAAAUCUGUCUGAAGUUGUAAGAUCUUGUUUCAUGUUAUCAUAAAUUUCAAACUGGAAGCUUUUCUGAAGGGCUCAAGAAAGAAUAUAAACUUAUCUUAUAGAUUCGAAGAUAAAGAAGAUAAGUUUACUAUGUCAAAUUUUGCAAAGAUAUCAUUGAAAUACCGGCAGCACAAUUUAUACAUUAUCCCAUUUAUACGGAUUAUAUUAUUAAACUUGUCACAAGGGCGUUUUGAUUGGUGUCCCCUUUUUGUAGAACAAUCUUUCAAAUUUUCAUUUCAAUAUUGUUUUUUCUCUAUUUAUUUGUUUUAACAUCAAAAGAUUCAGUCGUGUAAAUAACGGGAAAAGUUUUAGCUCUCUAUUUUUCCAAGUAUUUUUAUAAACCUUAUUCUUUUUCCAAAAUUUUUUACUCAGCCUUUAUGUUAAAUUUUUUAUCGAUCAAUUUUUCUGAGGGAGGAAGGAAUGUCGCAUAAGUGGCGGAAAAGAAUGCCUACUUACCAAGAUCGUUAACAGGUCUUUUUUUUCUUUUUGUUUAAUGGAGAUAUUUAGACCAUAUGAUACGUACAUAUUGCAAAUGUUGGUUGUUUUUUUCCUCUGAAACUAAAAAUUUGGCUGGUAUUUUUGAGUGAUGUCAUUGAAGCACAAUUUUGGUUUUAAUUGCACCACUGAUAUGUUGUAUGUUAAGUUUUGCCACUUGAUGUAUAAUGUCAUUCACUCUGGCGCAGCUCGAAGUUGUUCACUUCUUGUAAGUUCAACAAAAAGUUGAAGGUAAGUCAAGAUCAAGUUGAUGCAGGCAGAGAAAACUGCAUUUAAAUCUGAGGUCAUGGAAAAAUUGAAGGACAAGAAAUGGUAAACAAAAAAAUGUGCCUUUGCUGUGUAAGAAUAUAAAGCAAUCUGAAUUAUGAGCAUCCAUGUUUUGAAAAAAAAAAGUAUGCGAUCAAUGUUUUGAGGAAAUUAAGGACAUGGUUUUUGUACUAGAAGAUGAUAAUGUCUUUUAUGCCACUACGCUGAAAGCAAGAAUGAUCUCAACUAGCAUCAAUUUCAAAUGUUUGAUGAAAAAAAUAUUCCUGACGAUUUGUUACUGUGCCAAGUAGCAGAAGUUAACAUGCAACAUGAUAGAUAUCAUAUUGUUUCUGUAUAAUUUUUAUACUGUUGGUAAGACAGAGUUCUAUGCUAACUCUGGUGAUUUAAGAGACUGACUUUCAUUAAAUAAGUGAUUCAUUAAUCAAAAAGUAGUCUUCUGAAAAUUUUGUGCCGUAAACGGAAUGAAUAACUUCAAUCAAAUAUAAACUAGUUCCUUUUGGACUACUUAAAAUCUAAGGUAAGCUUGCACAUUAACUUUUAAAAACGAAAUGACUCAGUUGGGUCUUUAUUUUUUGUCCCUCCAUUUGUUGUAUGAUACAGUCUUGUCAACCACGUAGGUUUUCAAUGUAAUCAACAGAUUUGUAUGGAUAUGAAAGGUCAUUAUGUACCUACUGACUGUAUGUUAUGCUCAAACUGAAAAGAUUUCCUCUUUUCAAUACUUCUAAAGAGAUAUUUUCAGUGUAAUCAUAAAAUCUAGUUGUUAAUGUAAAUUACAAGAGUUCAUUCUGUAAUAUUUGUGCCAUAUAUUGUUACUUCCAUUGAAACUUAAGGUUUACUUCACCCUCCAGCAAAGCCAUUGUGAAAUUCCGUGACCUUAUCCUUUAGCAUUGUUUAAGAAAUCUGCGUAAUUACCUAAUGCAUGCCCUCCAUCAAUGGUGCAAAUACAAACAGAGCUGGAUUUACACAUGAUAAAGUAGUUAUAGUUCCUAGUCGUGAAAAAUUUUUAGGGGUCAUUGUCUGAAGGACAGGGAACUGGGCUUAACAAGUCGUACGUCCAGGGCAGGAAACUCAUAAUUCUCCCCUAGUUAGAAUUUCUUAACAGUACAUAUAUGUGACGAAAGUUCAUUGAUUCUGAGAAAACUAACCCACCAUUUCUAAUUAAAUUUUCUGUGAAUUUUCUUCAUGCAUUUAAAAAAUCAUACAAUUGCAAGGAAAUGUUUUGAUUGGUUUUCCUUGAAGAAAACAAAAAAAAUCGGAUGUUUUUAAAUUUUGCAAUGGAGAAAUACAUUUGUCGCAUUUGGCUGUUGAUAUUAUAAUCAGCUGUGGCAUUUUAAAACUGUUUUGAAUAUUAUUCUAGGCGCUCUUCAAUGAAUUUUGUUGUCAGGCUCUCCUUUUAAAACUAUCAAAUCAGAAACAAAAAGGUGAUAGGUAGAUUUUAUGCUUAUAUCCUUGCAUUGCAGAAAGAUUAAUCCAGCUCUAAGCAAAAAAACUUGUUGUAUCUUGUUUGCCUUGUAGCAUACCUCUCGUCAGAGUUCUAGUUCUUAGAAAGUUCCUUUUACUGCAAAAACUGAUUGAGAUGAAUUGCUGAAUUUUUAAUUAGAUCUCAAAAGACCAUUCUCUCAAAAUUUCAAGAUUAAUUGUGUUAAAUUUUACUUCACUAUCACGGAGAAAAAUUUCAAACUUGGCAUCCGUGAUAAGCGUUUUCAAAGCUGUACCAUUGAUGAGUGGCCACUAUCCUUAAUUUUGUAAAACCAAUCAGUUGGUUUUUUUGUAUAAAAAUAAAAUUAUAUCAAGAGGA